CCAUUUAUUCCAGUUGAGAAAAAAAAAACUUUUGUUAGUACGAUUCAGUCUGAUUAAACUUGUGACAAGUCAAUUAGCACUUUGCGUGGUUCUUAUUGACAUACCUGUAAAUUGAAAGAAUUUGUUUAAGUGGGACACGUCCGACGCACUCUUCCACUUGGUACACAUCGUUCAGUUAAUGUUUUUAUGUUGCUGUGCUACCAGUGCACUGAUUAGUUGGUAUUCGGAUAGAUCAGUAAUCAGUAACCAAACACCUUUAGAUUACAGUGUUUGAUAGUUUGUCACAAAGUACUCGAAGUGAUUUUCGUAAUAAAAUGCAUUUUUCACGAAAACUUUUUAUUGAAACAAUAUUGUUGACUGUUUGUGUCGGCGCGAGUAAACAGUCGGUCAUUGAUUUAUCGAAAUCGCAGUCGCCUCCGGACGUCCUAACAUCUACUACUUCAAAGCCAGAGGAUAACUUAGUUGCAGUAAAUGACACAAAUCACAGGAAAGGAAGAUUUGACUUCUUCCCUUUCUACACCAUCGGACGAUUCCCGAAUACGGCCUGCACAGGCAUCAAUGAUUUAACUGGUACAUGUGUACUGACUGGUGAAUGUUCUGAUGCUGGCGGAAUUGCGACAGGAUCUUGUACAACACUUACGGGUCAGGCUGUUUGUUGUGUUUAUCAGCAAACUUGUGGAGGAACGGCCAAUUACAACAACACGUAUUUCGUAAAUCCUAAUUAUCCUGGUUCUUGGGGAGGCGGUUCUACAUGCUCGAUUGUUGUUUCACCCGCCAGUGCUGAUAUUUGCCAAAUUCGAUUAGAUUUCCUUGAUCUAUCGUUAGCUCCUCCAAAUGGAGAUGGUGUUUGUAACAGAGAUGCUAUAUCAAUAACGGGCGGAUCGUCCUACGUUCCAACACUUUGUGGGAUGAACAGUGGACAGCAUGUGUACGCUACUUUUGACGGCAGUCAACCAAUAACGAUAAAUAUUGCUGCUUCGUCAUCGUAUACUUUUGGCAGAAAGUGGCAUAUGAUGAUCAACCAAAUUGACUGCAAUUCUGCUAAAUUGGCGCCGUCUGGAUGCCUCCAAUAUUACUCGGCAUCAAGCGGAGUAAUUCGAAGCUUCAAUUAUGGUUCAGGAGCUAAUUCAGCACUCAAUUCGGUCGGUGUUGAUGGAACGAGACAGAUCGCUAAUCUUAAUUAUGGGAUUUGUAUAGCUACAGCUGCUGACCAAUGCUCAAUCACAUACAGUACACUAUCUUCCGAUACAUAUUCGUUUACAGUUACUGGAGAUGUUGGUGCUGUGGAUCCAGCGCUAUUAGGAACAUCAGCACUACAAGAUCAAUCCUGUAGCACUGAUUACAUUGUCAUACCGAGUCCAUGGCAAAACAAUGCGGCUCUGACGAGUGAUCGCUUUUGUGGCCUGGGACUGGCUAGUACGACGAGUAACGCUUCUCCGUUUGUUGUAUAUGCCGUCACAGAUGGUAACGAGCAAAUGGAUAUUGGUAAUCGGGGAUUUUCGUUAUCAUAUUCGCAAAACGAAUGUCCUGUGAAUAUAGCGUAGUACAAUAAAUUUUUUAUACAA